AUGCUAUUGAUCGAGCUGGAACCCGACAAUGUUACCAUGCCAACCAACCAAGAGGAAACACCUGCAGCGUUUAAAAACGAUAUUCUGAUAGGUGUUGAAGACAUUAAGCCCAAAAACGGAGCAGGAAACGCAUCAUUAAGCGUGGUUGGCACAACUGAUGCAACAACGACACCUCCAGGAAAGGAUCAAACGACAACCGUAGCAGAAGCCCGUAAUGCAUUUGACAAUCAAGCUUACGGCGCUCAAACUGAUGGUCAGCCAAAACAAAUAACUGUCGCGGUUACUGAGGCAUCCGUGUCGGAAACGAUUCAGCCAGAAGCGGUGUCUGAGGCACCGACCGACGCAUCUACGGCUGUGACAACCAAUGCAGCAACAGAAUCCGGAAGUAGCACGGACGCUGCAAAGGGUGACUUUGCCACAGAUGCGACAACCGACGUUGUGACCAGUACUGAUGCCGCACCAGAUACAACUCCAGCAUCGACCGCUAAGGAAGUAGUGACAGAUGCGCCUUCUGCAGUGUCGUACGACCCAGUGACCACCAGCGACGCCGUGACCACCAGCGAUGCCCAACCAGUGUCCACCGACGCGCCGACCAGUACCGAUGCUGCAAUUGAUACAACUGCAGCAUCGACCAUUGCGGACGCGGUGUCAGAUGCGCCUUCUGCCGUGUCCACUGACGCGCCCACCAGUACCGAUGCCGCACCAUAUACAACUGAAGCCGCAGCCAUUAAAGAGGCGGUGUCAGAUGCGCCUUCUGCAGUGUCCACCGACGCGCCGACCAGUACCGAUGCCGCACCAGAUACAACUGAACCCGCAGCCAUUAAAUACGCAGUGACGGAUGCGCCUUCUGCAGUGUCCACCGACGCACAGUCCAGUACCGAUGCUGUAAUUGACACAACUGCAGCAUCGACCAUCACGGACGUAGUGUCAGAUGCGCCUUCUCCAGUGUCCACCGACGCGCCGACCAUGUCAACCGAUGCUGUGGUCAGUACCGAUACAGCGCCUGAUACAACUGAAGCCGCAACCAUCACGGACGCAGUGACAGAUGCGCCUUCUGCCAUGUCCACCGACGAUCUGACCAGUACCGAUGCUGCAAUUGUUACAACUGCAGCAUCGACCAGCACGGACGCGGUGACAGAUGCGCCUUCUGCAAUGUCCACCGACGCACAGACCAGUACCGACGCCUUACCAGACACAACAGCAGAAUUGACCAUCACGGACGCAUUUCUACCGACGCGCCGAACAGUACCGACGCUGCAACAGACACAACUGCAGCAUCGACCAUUGCGGACGCGAGAUGCCAACUCUGCAGUUUCCACCGACGCGCCGAUCAAUACCGACGCCGCACCAGACACAACCGCAGCAUCGGCCACCACGGACGCGGUGUCAGAUGCUACUUCUGCAGUGUCAACCGAUGCUGUGAUCAGUACCGAUGCUGGGCUGGAUACAACCGAAGCCGCAGCCAUCACGAACGCAGUGACAGAUGCCAAUUCUGCAGUUUCUACCGACGCGCCGAACAUGUCAACCGAUGCUGUGGUCAGUACCGAUACAGCGCCGGAUACAACUGAAGCCGCAACCAUCACGGACGCAGUGACAGAUGCGCCUUCUGCCAUGUCCACCGACGAUCUGACCAGUACCGAUGCUGCAAUUGUUACAACUGCAGCAUCGACCAGCACGGACGCGGUGACAGAUGCGCCUUCUGCAAUGUCCACCGACGCACAGACCAUGUCAACCGAUGCUGUGGUCAGUACCGAUACAGCGCCGGAUACAACUGAAGCCGCAACCAUCACGGACGCAGUGACAGAUGCGCCUUCUGCCAUGUCCACCGACGAUCUGACCAGUACCGAUGCUGCAAUCGAAACAACUGCAGCAUCGACCAGCACGGACGCGGUGACAGAUGCGCCUUCUGCAAUGUCCACCGACGCACAGACCAGUACCGACGCCUUACCAGACACAACAGCAGAAUUGACCAUCACGGACGCAUGUCAACCGAUGCUGUGGUCAGUACCGAUACUGCGCCGGAUACAACUGAAGCCGCAACCAUCACGGACGCAGUGA